AUGGCUGCCUCCGAUGGUGCUUCCUCGAUCAACGUUGCAGUCAGAGUCCGUCCAUUCACUAUCAGGGAGGCAGCCCAAAUCACCCGAUGUGAUGAUGGUCCCUUGUUCCUCGGUGACGGAUCUCUCGCCGGUGCGCCAACGCCAAAGCUUAAUCAGAAAGGUAUAAGGUCAAUCGUCAAAGUCAUUGACGAUCGAUGCUUGGUGUUUGACCCCCCCGAGGACAAUCCUGUCCAGAAAUUUUCCAGAAGCGUCGUGCCCAACGGCAAGCGCGUCAAGGAUCAAACCUUUGCCUUCGAUCGGAUCUUCGACCAGAAUGCCUCACAGGGAGAGGUCUACGAAUCUACCACGCGUAGCCUGCUCGACAACGUGCUCGAUGGAUACAAUGCGACGGUCUUUGCCUAUGGUGCAACUGGAUGUGGAAAAACUCAUACAAUUACUGGAACUGCCCAGCAGCCCGGUAUCAUUUUUCUCACCAUGCAAGAGCUAUUUGAACGGAUCGACGAGCGGUCAAGCGAAAAGUCGACUGAGGUGACACUCUCCUACCUGGAAAUCUAUAACGAGACCAUUCGUGAUUUGCUGGUCCCCAGUGGUAGCAGCGGUAAGGGAGGUCUGAUGCUACGGGAGGAUUCUCAGCAAACGGUCUCGGUGGCUGGCCUGACAAGUCACCACCCGCACAACGUGGGCCAGGUCAUGGAUAUGAUCAUGCAAGGAAACGAGCGUCGCACCAUGUCCCCCACCGAAGCGAAUGCCACUUCCUCUCGAUCACACGCUGUUCUUCAAAUCAACAUCGCCCAGAAAGAUCGAAAUGCGGAUGUCAAUGAACCACACACUAUGGCCACUUUCAGCAUCAUCGAUCUUGCUGGCAGUGAGCGCGCCAGCGCGACAAAUAACAGAGGAGCGCGCUUGUUUGAAGGUGCCAACAUCAACAAGUCUUUGCUCUCUUUGGGAAGCUGCAUCAACGCCCUUUGCGACCCUCGAAAGCGAAACCACAUCCCUUACCGAAACUCAAAACUCACUCGGCUGCUCAAGUUUGCUCUUGGUGGAAAUUGCAAGACGGUCAUGAUCGUCUGCGUUAGCCCUUCCAGCCAGCACUUUGACGAGACCCAGAAUACUCUUCGAUAUGCAAACAGAGCUAAGAACAUCCAGACCAAGGUAACGCGAAAUGUGUUCAAUGUCAACCGACACGUGAAGGACUUCUUGGUGAAGAUUGAUGAGCAAAUGAACUUGAUCAACGAACUCAAGGCGCAGGCAAAGGAUCACGAAAAGGUUGCCUUUUCUAAGUUCCGCAAACAGGGAGAAAAGAAGGAUGCUGUCUUGCGCGAAGGCGUUUCCCGGAUUCGCAACGCCUAUGAGCAUACCUUGCCCGAAAGACAAGAGAGGACCAACAACAUGCUGAAAUCACGACAAAUCAGCCGCCGAAUUGCCAUUUUAUCAUCAUGGAUUGCAGCAUUCGAUAACGUCUGCGCUACACGUGAGAACGAGGAGGGUUUGUCCAGCCUUCAUGCAGUUCGCAAAUCUGCACAAGGAAUUCUUCUUGAGCUGGAAGGCAGCAGGCACCAUUACAACCAAAGAUUAUCAAAGAGCACGUGGGACCGGCCGGUUGUUUCAGCAGUUGAAAACGCCGCGAAGCAACUCAAGGAGUUCGAUAUCGCCGAUAACAGUGACUAUGCGAACUUGAACCGGGAAGCAGACCUUCUGAGGUCUAGCGCGGAGCGCGAGGCGUUGUCAGCUGUGGCAGAGCAAGAUAAAGCUGGAGAAGCUGCUGCUGUGCAGCUACUGCUUGAAGCACAGUUUGAGCUGAUGGCUUCGAUCAAGGAUAUCAUGCAACUCAACGCAAGCGAGGCUAUCCAAAAAGGACGUACUAUUCUCUCCAAGAUGCUGGAUGAUUGUUCAAAUGCCGCAAGCAAUCUUGUCAAACCUGAUGGUAGCAUGCCAUCCAUUCCGAAUUUCACCUCUGCCAGGCCUCCCAGUCCCACGAAGCCGAAGAAGAGAUUCAGCUUGGUUAAUAUACCAACAGCCUCUACUUCCAACCCUCCUCCGGUGAUGAUGACCUCUGCCGCUCCACCUUCCCCCACCAAAGGCUCUCCGCGACGCCGCAGGGCUACUGUGGGCCGAAAGAGCGUCAGCUUCACGCCCAAGAAAUCCCAAGCAAAACCCCCGAAGAGAUCUGUUCGCUGGAGGGAUGAUGAGCAAGAGGGCGAUCUCACUGAGUUCCAGAAGACACCUAAGAAAGCCGAAUCCACAGAUGAAUACAGCUCUGAAGAGCCAUCGUUGCCUCCUCGCUCAGGCUCUCCUAUUCCACGAAACUUCCCGCGAAUUGUGAGCCCAUCGGGUUCAAUCUCACCCACCUCUGAUGAGCCCACUGGGCCAGUCGAGCCGACGCUGAAUGUUCAGAAGAAUAACAGCCGGUUCCAAGCGGGAUUCCUCUCGAAGAAGAACGGUAGCUCACCGCUAGCACCACCCCCUACUUCUUCCCUUCCACUUUCUCGCAGCAGAGAGAGCUCCCCUCUUCGUGACAUUGAGGGAAGUAGCUUCAUGAACCGUCCUGCAGUGGAGCGUCCAUCACGAAUCGCCGUUCGUAGCCCAAGUGGAAACCUAUUGAGCAGUCCGGUGUCCGAAAACCGGGACAACUGGAAGUCGAACAAAGAAGACGCUAUUAAAAUCAACUCUGCUAUGCGUCGGAUGUCUAGUGGGCGGGUGACGAGUGGACAGCAUGGUACCCCGUCGGCCAACGCUCUUCGCGUCCAUCGUCGACGCAGCCCCACUGCUGCUGCCCACGGUAUCUCGCCAAGUGACAAUCACAUGUUUACCGCGUCGCAAGCACGACGCAUGGUCAAGAGCGAGCGAGAACAUGAUGCGAAGCCUCGUGUAUUGAGUCCUCACACGCUUCCUGUCAUGAAGAAUACGGGACGUCGCUCUACUUUGGGGGACGGUCGCCCUCGAAAUGUCAGCCUUUCGAGCCGGGAUGCCAUUCGUCUCAGUGCAAUGGCAGCACCCCCUGCCGACCACAGUGCAGAUGAAUGGGUAAAUGCUGAUCCACGCCCUUCACUGACACACGCGAACCCGCUAACUCUCCACUUCUUGACCAGUACGUCUCCACUUGAAUUUCGGAUGUCUUUCGCCGCUCCGCCUGCCUCGACGCUUUUCUCACGCUUCUUCCGUCCCUUUUCUACCGGCUCGACUCGUUCCCUCGCGCCAGAUACCCAAUCGCACAACAUGUCAGACACACAGAUCGCAACCAUAGCAGCCGGCUGCUUCUGGGGCGUCGAGCACCUCUACCGCAAGAAUUUUGGCAACGGCAAAGGUCUCCUCGACGCCAAAGUGGGAUACUGCGGUGGCUUAACUCCAGACCCUUCAUACCGAUCCGUGUGCUCCGGGACAAGCGGUCACGCCGAAGCUCUACAGGUUACAUUUGAUCCCUCAAUCGUGACAUACCGCCAGCUCCUUGAAUUCUUUUACCGCAUGCACGACCCCACAACACCAAACCGCCAAGGUCCGGAUGUCGGCACACAAUACCGCAGUGCGAUCUUCACACAUGGCGCCGAGCAACAAACAAUUGCGGAGCAAGUCACACAAAAGGUUGGCACGGAGUGGUACAAGAAAGCGCUCUCUACCCAGAUCGUGCCGGCGGGUCAGUGGUGGGAUGCAGAGGACUACCAUCAGCUUUAUCUCUCGAAGAACCCAGCUGGAUAUGAAUGCCCUGCUCAGUAUGUGGUCUUGAUCCCUUCUUGGGGUCUUGUAUUGGACAUGUCACUAACUUUUUGCUUCACAGCUUUAUUCGGGACUUCCCUCCUCUGUCUGAAUGACUACACCCAAAAUUAUGACUUGAUAUAA